AUGGUUUGCUAUUCACUACAUGCAGAAAACCCCACAAAAUCAUGCAAAUCAAGAGGUUCAAAUCUUCGUGUUCACUUUAAGAACACUCAUGAAACUUCCCAGGCUAUUAAGGGUAUGCAUAUCCGAAAAGCCAUCAAGUUAUCUGAAGGAUGUCACUUUACAGAGCAAUGUAUGCCAUUCCGUUGUUACAGUGGUGGAGUUGGUAGGAGGGCCCAGGCCAAAGAGUGGGGCUGGAUGCAGGGUUGGUGGCCCAAAAUGAGUGCUGAAUUUUUACUGCACAUGCUCAGAAAUGCAGAGAGUAGUGCUGACCUUAAGGGCUUAGAUGUAGAUUCUCUGGUCAUUGAGCACAUCCAGGUGAACAAAGCCCCCAAGAUGCGGCACAGGACUUACAGAGCUCAUGGUCAGAUCAACCCAUACAUGAGCUCUCCCUGCCACAAUGAGAUGAUCCCUACUGAAAAAGCACAGAUUGUUCCUAAACCAGAAGAGGAGGUUUCACAGAAGAAAAAGCUAUCCCAGAAGAAACUGAAGAAACAAAAACUUACGGCCUGGGAAUAA